AGCCUGGGGCGACUGGUCGUGGGAAGAGGAGGCGGAAAGACUGGGAGAAGGAGGGACCCGGUCGGGGCCGCGCCACCCCGAACCCGCCACGCGCCCCCGGCUGGGGGAGGAGCGCAGGGGACUGGACUGUAGGUUCCCUCCCCGCAGCAGAGCCGCCUCGCGCCUCGUCCCUGCCUGAUCCCCGCCCUCGUCGGCGGCUGGAGCGCAGACCUACCCUCCCUCCCACCGCGGACCUGCGACCUCCCAGACGCCCGGAGACGCCCCGCCUCGCCGCCGACCCCCGGGCUCCCUCUGUGGAUCGGGACCUGCCCCCGAGUCCGCUGCCCCGAGGGACGCAGCGCGGCUGCCCGGGUGCCCUCCCCUAGCAUAGGGAAGCCGGGGAUCGCGCCCGGCGCACCGAAACCCAGAGCGGGCGGAGAGGAGUGGACACCGCGCGCGGGCAUUGUGUGCGCUUGCAGCGUGGGGUCAGCUGCCCGGAGCGCCCGCGGGAGGUCCUGUCCCUGGGGGACGGAGCGCAGGGAUCUAGCUCUUGAAUCCGUGUCGGGGCAGAGUCCUGGACGAGCCCCAUCGCUGCCUAGGCAGUCCGCGGUGGGACGGCGCGCCUGGUGGCCAGGCGGGCUCACUGAAGGAAGGCCAGCGAGCCCUGGGGCCCGCAGCCCCCGCUCCUGUCCGCGGAUCUGAGGAGGAGAGGCUCGAUCUCACGGAGACUGGCCGCCCCGUCGGGGGAGGCAGAAAGAUCCUCUCCGCUGCGCGCCUCGCAUGCGCCGGCGGUUACCGGAGCGCAUCCACCGUCCCCUCCGCUGCCCGGUCCCCGAGCCCUCCCGGCGUGCACCAUGAGCGGCGGCGAAGUGGUCUGCUCGGGAUGGCUCCGCAAGUCCCCGCCGGAGAAGAAGUUGAAACGUUAUGCAUGGAAGAGAAGAUGGUUUGUGUUACGAAGUGGCCGUUUGACUGGAGAUCCAGAUGUCUUAGAGUAUUACAAAAAUGAUCAUGCCAAGAAGCCUAUCCGGAUAAUUGAUUUAAAUUUAUGUCAGCAAGUCGAUGCUGGGUUGACAUUUAACAAAAAGGAGUUUGAAAACAGCUACAUCUUUGAUAUCAACACUAUUGACCGAAUUUUCUACUUGGUAGCAGACAGUGAGGAGGAGAUGAAUAAGUGGGUCCGUUGUAUCUGUGACAUCUGUGGGUUCAAUCCCACAGAAGAAGAUUCUGUGAAGCCCCUUGGCAACUCCUCACAAGCACCCGUGGAUUCACCUUUCGCUAUAAACACAGCUCCACCUUCCACCCAGGUGGAUGCUCCACUACCUCCUUCUUACCAGCUCAUCAGCCUCCCGCCACACCCGGAUACUCUUGGCAUCCAGGAAGAUCCUCAAGACUACCUCUUGCUGAUCAACUGUCAAAGCAAGAAGCCCGAACCUGCCAGAACCCAUGCUGAAUCCGCAAAGUCCACCUCUUCUGAAACAGACUGCAAUGAUAACGUCCCUUCCCAUAAAACUCCUGCUUCCUCCCAGAGCAAACACGGAGUGAAUGGCUUUUUUCAGCAGCAAAUGAUGUAUGACUGUCCACCAUCGAGAGCCACAUCUAUUUCUGUAGACUCCAGCCUCUAUAACCUGCCCAGGAGUUAUUCCCAUGAUGUGUUGCCAAAGGAAUCUCCAUCUAGUACUGAAGCUGAUGGAGAGCUCUACGUUUUUAAUACCCCGUCUGGGACAUCCAGUGUUGAGGCUCAGAUGAGACAUGUGUCUAUUAGUUACGACAUUCCGCCAGCACCUGGCAAUACUUACCAGAUUCCACGGACAUUUCCAGAUGGCACCUUGGGACAGACAGCAAAACUGGAUGCCAUUCCAGAUAUCCCUCCACCCCGGCCACCAAAGCCACAUCCAACUCAUGACCGGUCUCCUGUGGAAACGUGCGGUAUCUCACGCACAGCCUCAGACACCGACAGCAGUUACUGUAUCCCUACAGCGGGCAUGCCACCAUCACGGAGUAACACCAUUUCCACCGUGGAUCUGAACAAAUUGAGGAAAGAUGCCCCUUCUCAAGACUGCUAUGAUAUUCCACGAACAUUUCCAAGCGAUAGAUCUAGUUCACUCGAAGGCUUCCAUAACCACUUUAAAAUCAAAAAUGUGUUGACAGUGGGAAGCGUCUCAAGUGAAGAAUUGGAUGAAAAUUAUGUCCCAAUGAAUCCCAACUCUCCACCACGACAGCAUUCCAGCAGCUUUACAGAACCCAUUCAGGAACCAAAUUAUGUGCCAAUGACCCCAGGGACAUUUGAUUUUUCUUCAUUUGGAAUGCAAGUCCCUCCUCCUGCUCAUAUGGGCUUCAGGUCCAGCCCAAAGACCCCUCCUAGGAGGCCAGUUCCUGUUGCUGACUGUGAACCACCUCCAGUGGAUAGGAACCUCAAGCCGGACAGAAAAGCCAAGCCAGCACCUUUAGAAAUAAAGCCUUUACCAGAAUGGGAAGAGCUGCAAGCCCCAGUUAGAUCACCCAUCACCAGGAGCUUUGCACGAGAUUCCUCUAGGUUUCCCAUGUCUCCACGACCAGAUUCAGUGCACAGCACAACGUCAAGCAGCGACUCGCAUGACAGUGAGGAGAACUACGUCCCUAUGAACCCAAACUUGUCCAGUGAAGAUCCAAGUCUCUUUGGCAGUAACAGCCUUGAUGGAGGAAGCAGCCCUAUGAUCAAGCCCAAAGGAGAUAAACAAGUUGAGUACCUAGAUCUAGAUUUGGACUCUGGGAAGUCCACACCACCACGAAAGCAAAAGAGCAGUGGUUCAGGCAGCAGCGUGGCUGAUGAGAGGGUGGAUUAUGUCGUGGUGGACCAGCAGAAGACCCUAGCUCUGAAGAGUACCCGAGAGGCCUGGACAGAUGGGAGGCAGUCCACGGAGUCUGAAACACCUACCAAGGGCGUAAAAUGAAGAUUGAGCAUUGUCACUGCCAAACAAACAGGAACUGAAUUCAAGAGACAGAUCCCAUUUGAAGAUGACCAAGCUUCUGCUUUAGGGCCUCAAGCAAGCAGGGUCAAGGUCAAAGGACCUCUCAAAUAUGUUCAAGCAAAUUAGACUGUAAAUGGUGCUGUGGGUAUCUGAACAAUUUGUAACAUGUAAAUAAAGUGGGAAAAUAGUGUUUUAGUUCCCAGAGAAACAUUUGUCCCAUAGUUAACACACUUGUAGUAUUACUGUAUUUAUGCACUUUUUCAUUUAAAACAUUGGUUUGGGCAUCCCCAGUGUACCUUAACAGAACUCCUUCCUUUGGGAGUUCCUUUUUUCUCUCGCUCUCACACUACUCUAUAUAACAAUACUAAGUUGACUAAGCUACUUUUAGUUCUGGAAAAUUCCAGCUGAAGCUACAAGCUAACACCAUUAAAAUGAGAUAGUAGGGUCACAUAUUUACUUUCUGCCUGACACCUCAGGUGGUAACUGUAAGCUUAACUACAGUCGGACUCCUCCUUCUUUGCUGUCCAAAAUGCUAAGGAAAAUGUAUAUACUGCUGUCAAGACCUAGUUCUCUGUUUCAUGUACAUUUAGAUUUUAAUGGUAAAACUUUGUUAUAUUUUGUUAAUUACAGUGUUUUGGGUUCACUGCGUGAAGGUUCUGCUGGGUAGGAUCUUAGACCUUUGAAAGACUGACUCUAGUUACACUAUCCAGUAAGUCAGCAGGUCAUCAACAGCACACAGCGACUAUCUCUUCUUACACUUGUUAAUGUGUAUUAGAUGUUAUUUGCAAAAGGUAGAUUUUAUGACUAAUCAGGUACGUAAUUGGGCACUGGCGUGCUAAUACACUGAUCAGGUUUAGACAAUGAGCUUUAGUUAGGUUUUCAUUAGUCCUAAUAUUGAUUUCCAGUUGGAAUUAAUAAAACAGUUGACAUUCACUGUUAGUUAUAGCAACAUACUGUGAUUUUGAAUUAGACAGUCAUUCAGAUUAUUACUCGAAGAAUGAAAUUCUCUCUUUUGACACCAUAGUGCCCUUUCUAUGAUUUUUUUUACUUAAUAUUCUUCUUGGCCUUAUAUUUAAAUCCCUAUGCAAUUAAUGUUUUAUAGCUGCAUUUUAAAAAAUGAAAUAGAUGUCAUUUAAGUGAUUCUUGUAUGUAGCACCUAUUGCUUUUUUAAGUAAAAGAAAUGAGAAUUUUGUACUGUGAUUUAUAUUCACUGCCCCAAUUUACAAGUAUUGAAGCCUUACUGCUAUGUGAAAUCUUGUAGUCAUGAAAACCAUCCAUCCAGAUCUCUAAAACUGCCAGAAGAAUGGUGAAAUUCUCUCAUCUGUGGCACGAAUGUAAUUUGUCCAGACCACGAAUUACAGUGAGGCUAUAGUUGUAUUUGUCUGUCUUGGCUUUGCCACAAAAUUUAGAAAGCAAGUAGAGUUGUCCACUUUAUACCGAAGUUAUGUACAAUCUCUAUGCAUUUAUUUGAGGCUAACAGUUUGGGCAAGGGACAUAGAAGUCAGAAUGUCCACGGCUGAGCCUUGUCCUCCUCCCUUCAGACCUCUAACUGUUGCUUGAGUACACAAUGUGCCCUGAUUUCUGGCCCACUGGCCACAGUACUGUGCCUAAUAAGUGUACUCAGUUUAUUUCCCUAGUCCACAAGCUAAGUGUUCAUAACGAGAUGAAUGGUAGACUAGUAACACUUGAUGCUUUUAAAUGUUUGCUUCUUUUUAAACAAAAACUAAAACCCAGAACUGAAUUUUGAGGUGGAUUUUUAAAUAAAAAAAAAUUGUUUGA